AUGGGAACGGGAAAGAAGAAGAUCGAGAUCAAGAAGAUUACCAAAGAAUCCUCACGCAUGGUCACAUUCUCCAAGCGGCGCAAGGGUCUGUUCAAGAAAGCCGAUGAUCUCCACCUCGCUACAGGCGUUAGCGUCGCUGUAAUUGUCUUCUCCCCUGCCGACCGCUGCUACACUCACUCCUCCGGCGAGCUCCCUGUCGACGCCGCCGUCGAUCGUUACCUGGCCGCCUCCGACGACGUCCCUACCGGCGGUUUUGGGGCGUGGUUGAAUGCGAUAGACCUUGAAGCUGCCGGCGCCGAGGACCUACAAAAGCUGGAGCUGUUGAGGGAGCGGUUGAUGGAGACACGGCAGAAAGUGGUUUCCCAGUUGGAUUUGGAGAUGGCGAAGUCGUUUCUGCUAGAUUGA